CGAGAGAGAGAGAGAGAGAGAGAGAUUGAAGGCCAGCAAUGGCUUCAAUGGCAUCAGCAGGUACUUCUUCAAUCUACUACAGAAGUUACCAGAAAGAGUCCAUUAGGUCUCGUCAUCCUCUCAUCAUCGUCUCUCAGCACCACAACAACAACAACAACAACAACGAAUCCAUCGAACCAAUGGGGCGCAGAGAAAUCGUACUGAGGAGCAGCGAAGUUGCAGUGAUUGGGGCCAUUUUCAACUUCAGCGGAACAAAACCAGAGUACCUAGGGGUACAGAAGAACAAUCCUGGACUCGCACUGUGCCCAGCCACCAAGAACUGCAUAUCAACCUCUGAGAACAUUAGUGAUCUCACUCACUAUGCCCCUCCCUGGAACUACAACCCAGAGGGGAGAAGAGGAAAUAAAAGCAGAAAAGACGCAAUUGAGGAGCUUCUUCAAGUGAUACAAUCAACAAAAGCGGACAAGUCGAAACCGCGAAUUGCAGAGAAGAAAGAUGAUUAUGUUCAUGUGGAAUAUGAAAGCCCUAUUUUUGGGCUUGUCGACGACGUUGAGUUUUGGUUCCCACCGGGCGAGAAAUCAAUCGUGGAGUAUCGAUCAGCAUCUCGGUUAGGGAAUUUUGAUUUUGAUGCAAAUAGAAAGAGAAUCAAGGCGUUGCGAUUAGAGUUGGAGAAGAAGGGUUGGGCUUCAGAGAAUAGCUUUUGAGCAAACCUCAACUUCCAGACUAUAAAUUCUUAUUUAUGGUUAUAUGAUUUAAUCACUUCGGGGAAAAGAAAAUGAAACAAUGUUGUUAAUUGGAUAACCAGGAUGUGGCUUCUUUUUACAAGGUUCGGGAUUGCUAUUGACUCCAUUGAUCACAAUACACAGCUGAGAAAGAUUAAAAAACCAAGAUUGUUCUCUGUUUAUACAUUGAGAAAUUAGAACAAUAAACUAUAAAGUCAUGUUUGAUUUAUGUAUAAAGGAGCAUGAUUUGACUAUUUUAUCCAGGAUAAUAUUAGUUCGUCUUGUGUCUGAUUCAAACUUUGCACCUCAUAUGUUGAUUUUUUUGGUAUCCUGCGAAUGUAGAAUUAUUUUGU